AUGCAAACUAUCUCACUGCCUUACAUUAUCUUAGGAGAUUUUAAUGAAAUCUCUAAUUCCUCAGACAAAUUGGGAGGUUCUCCUCCAGUUAUGGCUAGAUUUCUGAAUAUGCAAAAUCUGUUUAAUAGUCUCCCUUGCAUUGAAAUUCCAUUUUCAGGUUCAAUUUAUACAUGGAGAAAAAAGAAAGGUGGGGCGGAUAAUAUCCACGAACGCUUAGACAGAGGAGUAGCAUCUAUUGAUUGGCUUAGUUUAUUUCCUCAGGCCAAGAUUAGUCAUAAUAUUUUUACUUCCUCAGAUCACUGUCAGAUAACGUUAAAUUAUAUUCCUUUUCAAAAGGCUAAAGCUCCUCCUUUCAAGUUUGAAAAAAUGUGGUGUAGUAGAAGAGAUUAUGAUACUCUUGUUAAAAAAACUUGGUGUACUCAUUUUAUAGGUUCACAUAUGUUUCGACUAACUCAAAAAUGCAAACUUUUGAAAGAAAAAUCUAAAAUUUGGAACCAAAGCCAGUUUGGUAAUAUAUUUCGGCAAUUACGGAAGGUAGAUGAGAAGUUGCAAUCUUUACAACUCUUGCUAAUUACAGAGCCGCUAAAUCAUUUGCUACUUAGUAAACAAGAUACAUUCCUCCAAAAACGAUCUAAUCUUCUCUCUUUUAGUUAUGAGUAUUGGAAACAAAAAUGUAAAGUAGACUACUUACUUCUAGGGGACACCAAUUCCUCCUUCUAUCAUGCGCAUGCUUCGAUUAGGCGUAAUCGCAAUGCGAUAAAAGAAUUAUCCAAAGCAGAUAAUGAUACUAUCUCAAAUCCUGAUAUUAUUUCACAAGAGUUAACCAGAGCGUUUAUGGAACGUUUUACUUCUGAUAGUAGGACCUGUUUCAAUAGUGCUAAUGAUUUUAGUCUCUUAGAGGCGAUUAUAUCGGUUGAUGACAACACAUAUCUUACUUCCCUGGUUACUUGUGAUGAAAUAAAAAGUGCUACAUUUAGUCUAGCCCCGGAUAAGUCCCCGGGACCUGAUGGUUUUCCUCCUUUCUUCUUCCAGAAAUAUUGGACUCUUGUUGGGAAUUCUGUUAUUAGAGCGGUCCAAGCUUUUUUUCAUUCCAGUAGAAUUUUAAAGGAAAUUAAUCAUACCUUUUUGGCGUUAAUCCCAAAAAUCGAUAAUCCAACCUCAGCCAACCAUUUUCGUCCCAUAAGUCUGUGCUCAACUAUAUAUAAAAUUAUCUCUAAAAUUAUGACUUCUCGACUUAAAAUAGUUAUGGGUCAUAUUAUUCAUCCUCUCCAGGGGGCCUUUGUUCCAGACCGGUUAAUCCAAGAUAAUAUUUUGAUCGCUCAUGAGGUUUUUCAGUCUUUUAAAAAUAAAUCUGGAGCCUCAGGAUGGAUAGCAAUUAAACUUGAUAUGGAGAAAGCUUAUGAUAGGUUGGAAUGGAAUUAUAUAUUCACUACUCUUGAAAAGCUGGGUUUUGCUGCCCAGUGGGUGAAUUGGGUCAAGGCUUGUAUUACUUCCACUUCCUUUUCUGUCUUAGUGAAUGGAAUUCCGGGAGAGAAAUUCUCUCCUUCUCGUGGGAUUAGACAAGGGGACCCCUUGUCCCCUUUUUUAUUUAUUCUCUGUGCGGAACUGCUUGCUAGACUGUUAUCUUCUGCUGCCUCUGGACCGACUAAGCCUAUAGGUGUGCCUAUUGGCAGAUCAGGGGUAAAGGUGCCCUUUCUAACUUUUGCGGAUGAUACCAUGAUUUUUGCCAAAGCUACUAAUUAUAGCUGUCUGGUAAUUCGUCAAAUCCUCGAUAAAUAUUGUGCCAUGUCGGGUCAGUUAGUGAAUUAUCAUAAAUCUUCCUUCCAAUGUACUGCUAAUAUAUCGGAGGACGAUAAAGCCAAUUUUGCUUCUAUUCUGCAAAUGUCAGAAACCUUUGACUUAGGUGAGUAUUUGGGUUGUCCAAUUAUUCAUUCCAAAGUAACAAAGGAAACUUUUAGCUCGGUUAUUAAUAAAACGGUUGGCCAACUCCCGAAAUGGAAGGCUAAUGCCCUUUCUCAAGCUGGCAGAUCUAUUCUAAUCAAAUCUAAUCUGGCUUCGAAAGCCAGUUAUCAAAUGCAGAGCUUUCUGUUACCGAACUCAAUUCUUUCUAGUUUGGAUAAAACUUAUCGUAACUUCUUCUGGAAUAAGGAUCCUAAUGCGAAAUCCCCUAAUUUGAUUGGUUGGGAUAAGAUUUGCAAGCCUAAAGUAGCAGGAGGGUUGGGCUUCCGGAAAGCAGAGGUUAAUAACCAAGCCCUCCAAAUGAAACUUCUGUGGCGGAUUGUAAAGAAUGAUACAAAUCUUUGGGUUAAUUUGGUUCGUAAACGUUAUCUCAAGAACAGGUCUCUAUUCACAAUCAAAGUUUCGAAAUCGGCCUCCUGGCAGUGGCGUAACUUGCUAAGUUUACGUGACUUAUUUAAAAAAGGUUUACGAUGGCAGAUUGGUGAUGGUUCUUGUGUUAGAUUUUGGUCAGACAAUUGGGCUUUCCAAUACCCUUUGGACUCUAUUAUAACCCCAACUCCAGAGACUAUUAAUUUCUUGGUUAAAGACUGCUUAACAGCCAAUGGAAACUGGAAUACUCAGCUUCUAUUGUCUUUGGUUCCCCCUAAUAUAGUUUCCCAUAUUUCCUCUAUUUAUUUGCCUUCUUCUCCCCAACAGGAUACCUUGAUUUGGGGUCUUACUUCGGAUGGUGAAUAUUCUGUUAAAAGUGGAGCCCUGUUGGCUCAAGGUCUGAUUAGUGCUGAGCUGGAUACUGUCGAGUAUAAAUGGAUUUGGAAUCUUAUUAUUCCUCCAAAAAUUAAAAAUUUCCUGUGGAAGGCUUGUAAUGAUGGUCUCCCGACAAAAGUCAGACUUGAGAGAAGUCAUGUUUUCCUUCCCCAACAGUGUGUUUUUUGUUCAAAUGCUAGUGAAUCUAUUGGUCAUCUUUGUUUUGCGUGCCCUUUUACGCUAGAUGUCUUUUCCCAUCUUAAAGCUUCCUUUGACUGGCCUUUGCCUAAUAGGUGUUUAGCGUCCAUUGAUUUGACUUCCUUUCGUUCCGCUUUAGAAGCUUGUCUGUCUUUAGCUUGUAAAAGUGAAGUGACUAAAUUCUCCUUUGUGUGGUGGUUUAUUUGGUUUUUCAGGAAUAAGCUUAUUUUUAAUAAUGAGGUGGUUUCAUCUCGUAAAGCAAGUGCCAUUAUUGCCAAAUAUUAUGUGGAUUGGUCCAAAGCUCUCACUUCGGACACUCGGCAUCCUUCUACUUCUAUUUCCCAUUGCCCCAUUAUAAGUCGUUCUCCUAGGUCUGGUCCUGCUUCCUUCUGGUCCCCCCCUCCUCAGAAUUACUUUAAGUUAAAUUUUGAUGGUUCUAAGCUUUCUUCCAAUUCAACAGCUCUGGGUUUUGUUAUUAGAAAUGUUGCUGGUGAGGCAAUGGUUGCAGGGUCUAAGUCGCUUGGGUAUAGUACUUCGGUUCUUCAAGCUGAAGCUUGGGCCCUAAAGGAGGGUAUCUUGGCGGCUUUAUCCUUUAAUAUAUCUAACUUGAUCAUUGAGGGUGAUAAUCUAGCUGUCAUUAACGCUAUAAGAAAAAUUUGGAAAAUUCCUUGGGAAAUUAAUAAUAUUGUGCUUGAUAUUAGAGCUAAUCUCCCCUUGUUUGGAUCCUUUCAGGUACAGCAUUGCUUUAGGGAAGCUAACAAAGUUGCGGAUCUCUUGGCUAACAGGGGUCAUGGUUUGGAUGGGAUGCAGCUUUUCUACCCGCCUUUUGAUAUUGAUCUUUCCAUGUGCGUCCGCAAGGAUGUUUUAGGUUGGCCUCCUGAUUAA